AUGCCAUUCUCCGUCUUCCUUAUAGGCCCCGGCUUCAUCGGCGGAGAACUUCUCGACCAUCUCCUCGAAGAGGGCUAUGCAGUCACCGCUCUCGUCCGUCGCCAUUAUGCUGUAGCUGAAUUCACCAGGUUAGGCGUCAAGGCCGUGAUUGGAACCCUCGAUGAAGGGCGCUUGAUCAGGGGCCAAGUUGCUGCUAGUGAUAUUGUCUUCCAUGCCGCAACAUCAGACCACUUGUUGUCCGUCCAAUCAGUUCUUGAAGGCAUUAGGACGAGGGCUGAGCAAGAGCUGAUGACCUACUACAUCCAUACCAGUGGCGCCUCACUUUUGGCGGAUGACGCUGCGGGACGAUAUUUGGACAAUAUUGUCUUUGACGAUGAAAGGCCUUCUCAGAUUGAUACCUUGAGGAUGGAUGCACCACAUCGGCAAAUCGACCUGGAGAUUGUUCGGUCGCGUCAGGCGCUGUCAAAGUUUGCUAAGAUCGCAGUUCUGAUGCCUCCCGUUAUCUAUGGUGUGAGCACUCGUGAGAAACGCUUGUCGAUUCAACUACCCACGCUCAUUCGAUACUCUUUGAAACAUGGAUACGCAGGCCAGGUCGGAGGCGGCCUUUCAGUCUGGGGAUAUAUCCAUGUGAAGGAUCUGGCGAGAGGGUAUAUGACAUUGUUGCACUGGAUGGAACAUUCCUCUACCGAUGAGGUCCUAGAGAAUCCAUACUUCUUCUGUGAGAAUGGCGAAGAGCUAUCCUGGGGAAACUGCGCAGCCGAGAUCGGUCGGCUGUUAUCCAUAAAAGGACGGAUCAAAGACCCCGAGCCUCAGACUGUGCCAUCCGAAAACUACAAUGAUCUCUUUGGAAAAUUAACUGUUGCAGUCGCGGGGUCAAAUGCCCGGAAUCGCGCGAAUCGGCUUCGGAAAUUGGGCUGGCGACCUUUGGAGAAAAACGCAUUCACGUCGUUGGCUGAAGAUGAGAUCCCUUUGAUUUUGGAAGAGCCUGGGGAGUUACAUGACUAUGGGUCAGAUUUACCCCAUCAUUGUAUAGAAAAAGAGGUUGGCUAG